AUGGCGGUGGUUGUGAGUAUGCGCAGUGGUAGAAAAGGAAUUUUAUGAAACAGCAACAGGAGGGCAGUAUAGAAAGGUUGGUCUCCCAGGAUCUUGCUGCAGACAUGGCACAGUCUCCUGAUUCUGAGAAGCUGGUCUGGAGCCCUGGCCUGGAUGUUACCCCUCUCUCUGUGGCUGCCCUGGAACUGAAGCUUGGAUCAGUGAUUACUUUGCUGCUGCUUACCUUUAUAAGUGGCCUAGCUCCCCUUUUUAUAUUUAGGCGCCCUGGGAGCACAGACUCUUCAGGCAAGCAUCACAGGAUACUGAGUCUUGUUAGCUGCUUCUCUAGUGGGGUGUUCCUGGCUACCUGUCUUUUGGAUUUAGUGCCCAAUUACCUUUCUGGUAUUAAUGAUGCUCUGCAGAGGUUGAAUAUUGUGCUCCAGUUUCCCUUGCAGGAGUUCAUUUUGUCUAUGGGCUUAUUUCUGUUUCUGGCUUUGGAGCAGAUUGUUCAGAGCUACAAGGAUUCAUCCAGUUCCUCUGAGGACACGCAUGCUCUACUGGGAUCUUCUAAGGAUGGACAUGUUGGCCCAAGUUUCUCUCACUCGUCUCAGUGGCGUCAAGAUUCACCUCAUAUCCAUGUUGACAUAAACUCUCAUUCUGCAAUGCGGUGUAUGAUUCUGGUUCUCUCCCUCUCGCUACAUGCAGUUCUAGAGGGCUUGAAGGUAGGGCAACAGCAGGAGAGCAGCAAGGUCCUUGAGAUGUGCUUUGCGCUUCUUCUUCACAAGUGCAUUCUCUCCUUUAGCAUGACCCUAAAACUUGGUCAAGGUCACCUUAAGCCACGGGCAGUGCUUUGCUGCCUCCUAUUCUUCUCCUUCAUGUUACCCCUUGGCAUUGGGUUAGGACUGGUUCAAACCGCUAUUGUUGAUCCUGUGUACCAGCUUGCUCACAGUGUUAUUUCAGGAAUGGUUACAGGAACAUUUGUUUAUAUCACAUUCAUGGAGAUUCUACCACAUGACCUUGGCUCUUCUAAACAGAGGAUUCCUAAGGUUAUUGUCCAGCUCUGCGGCUUCUCUGUAAUUACUGGCAUCCUCUUCAUGAAGAUGUAGUCUUGAUGGAUUACACAACUGUUUUACCUACCUUUUUGACUGAAAAAAAUUUGAACAGUAAGCCAAGCACACAGGCACAACUAUAGUACCUUACAGACCAAAAUCUGGGAGUACAACUCGCAAUCCUCUGCUGCCAAACGCAGCUACUGAGCAUGUCUUUACCUAUGUUUUUAAACCGGUUUAUGUCCGCAAAAAAAGUACUUAUGAAAUUCGGCAUACAAAUAGAUUUUAUUGUUUAAUGACCAUUAGUGCAGCACUUUUUGCUGGGGGUUUGGCUAAUCAUCUUCAAUUUUAAGAAAUAGGUAUAAUUUCACAUUAUUUAACCAAUUUUGAAAUUUGUUUACUAAACCCAAAGUUACAAGCACCUGGAAAAAAGGUGGUGUUAAAGUUAAAAUUGAUUGAAAUUUUCCUGGUUCAGAAUAUUCAGUAUUUAAAAAACAUGCUAAUUUACUUCUGUUAUCAAAAGUACUUUUGUUUUUUUGGCAUCCUUUUUUGAAGGAUUAGGAGAGUUCAUGUUUAUUAACCAUUCCACAGUUUCCAUAACCAACACAGUUAUAUUAAUAUACUUUUUACCUCUGUGAUUACCUUGGAUCUAUGCAGACUGCCCCCUUAUUUCAGUUUUUGACAGACUUGCAUGUUGCUGACUCCUAGAUAACUCCAUGAGAGUGAGCACAAUGUUAUCUAUAUGGCACACUAGCACUGUCUAGCUAGAAAAAACUGUGGAAAUGUACUGUGAUAAGAGGUGGCCUUCAAGGGCUUAGAAAUCAGCAAAGAAUACCAAGAGAACAAAACAAUUUUGAUGAUAAAAGUAAAUUGGAAAGUUGUUUAACCUCUUCACUACUGGUACUUUCAGAGAAAAACGUGCCCAAAAUACCCGAGAAUUUUGCGUAUUUUUGCUAUCACUCCUUUUAAACAGAAAUAGAGCCUUGUUUCUUUUUCUAUUUACCUGUCAGAACUAUAUAUAAGUAGACAACCCAAGGUAUUGAUCUAGGAGCAUUUUGGUAUAUUUAAUGCCACCAUUUCACCGUCAAAUGCUAUCAAAUAAAAAAAAAAAAAAAAAAAUUCACAAACUUUGGGUUUCUCACUGAAAUUAAAUACAUACCACUUGUGCAAUCAUGGCACAAAUGGUUGUAAAAUCUUAGUUGGGAUCCCUUUUGUUCAGAAAUAGCAGACAUAUUUGGCUUUGCCAUUGCUUUUUGGUAAUUAGAAGUCUGCUUCUAUUAUUCCCAGAAGCGAAGGGGAUAAUUAGGCAUCUACCCUCAUAUGGAACCGGAGCACCAAUCGCGCUCUGGUUACAUAUGGUGGCAGAUGCCUGGAGCUCAGACAUAUAUAUAUAUGUAAGCCAUGCUGUUUGAUAGCCAAAGUACCUCAUGAUGUGUAUAAAUACGUCUAUUUGGGUGAAGGGGUUAAAAUUGCAUGCUCUAUCUGAAUCAUGAAAGUUUCAUCACACCUAAUACACUUAGAGGAGUUUAGUUUAGUUGUUGAAGUUUUUGUCUGUACAAGUGCUAAUGCAAACAAACCAUUGUAAAGAAACUGCUGCUCAUUCUUAGAGGUCUUUAUGUGCACACUUUCUAAGGCACCAGCUGUUGCAUGUUCACAGCUUAUUUAUGUAUGUUAGUCUAUGAUUGGCUGGUGGCUCUCACAUGAUACAGGGUACAGGUAAAGCAAAGGUAACUUUGAACUUAGUGUUAUUGCAUUGUCUUUUUAAUAUGCAUUUGUUAAUUUGCAAUGCUACUGUAUUUGUAUAUGAUCUCAACAAACUUAAGGAACAGUAAAGUCAAAAUUAAACUUUAAUGGAGUGGAUGGAGCAUAACAUUUUAAACAACUUCCCAAUUUACUUUUGUUAUCAAUUUUGCUUUUUCUUGAUAUCCUUUGUUAAAUAGUAAUCCUAGGAGAGCUUAGGAGAGUGCACGUGUCUAGCCAUCUGGCAGCAGAGUUUCCAACAAUGUUUAUAGCAAUAUUAUACGUAGUUGCACAAACUGCUGCCAUAGACUGCUGAAGACUUGUGCAUGUUCCUGUGCUCCUAUCAACCUACCUAGCUUUACUCUUCAACAAUGAAUAACAAGAGGAGAGAAAAAAAUUUGAUAAUAAAAGGAUAUUGGUAAGUUGUUUUAAAUUGCAUGCUAUAUCGGAACCCUGACUGUUUGAUUGUGACUUAACUGUCUAUUUUAAAGAGAGAUAAAGUACAAAACGAAAA